AUGAAGGUUUUUUUCGUGGGACUGGCCACUCUCUUGUGCUUUGCAGGAGGGGAGGCUCUGCGCUGCAAUGUCUGCAAACGCAAGUUUCUCCUCUUUGGAUGCGUCCAGGGAUCAGGUGAAACGACGUGUGGAUGGAGGGAGAGAUGUGUGAAUAUUAAAGCUUCUCUUGGGAAAUUACCUCUCUACUACCGGCUGAACUGCACCUCAGUGUUAAAUUGCGGCAAGGUGAGGGCACCCGACGAAUCUCACCUUACUUAUGACUACACCUGCUGCAACACUGAUUUCUGCAAUUGA